AGUGUAAAGACCGACGUUUGCGUCUGAAGAUAAAGACAAUUAUUACUAACAAUAGAUAAAGACAAUUAUUUCAAAUACUUUUUACUUAUUUUCUUCUAUCCGAUAGAAAGAAAGAAGGCCUACGCGUAAGCUAUCCAAUAGAUCGGACAAUCGCAUUGGAUCGACGCAUAAAUUAUUGCUCUCUUGUUUGCUAAUCUCUUCGGCUGAACCCUAAUUCCAUUGAUUCAUCUUCUCUCCUUCCGAUCGCAGCCGAUCAUUAUGGCCAAAAGCUCCUUCAAGCUGGAACAUCCCCUUGAGAGGCGCCAGGCUGAAGCUGCUCGUAUCAGGGAGAAGUACCCAGAUAGAAUUCCGGUUAUUGUGGUGAAGGCUGAAAGAAGUGACAUACCUGAUAUUGAUAAGAAAAAGUAUCUUGUUCCUGCUGAUCUGACAGUUGGACAAUUUGUAUAUGUUGUCCGAAAAAGAAUCAAGCUCAGUGCUGAGAAAGCUAUUUUUGUCUUUGUGAAAAACAUUCUCCCUCCCACUGCUGCAAUGAUGUCUGCUAUAUAUGAGGAAAACAAAGAUGAGGAUGGCUUCCUAUACAUGACUUACAGUGGCGAGAAUACAUUUGGAUCACACUGAAAACAAAGUCAGAUUGGGCCGUGUAUAUUCUCCAAAGAAAUCUUGUAAAAAUAUCUUCAAUUAUCUCCUAAAAGGAUGGUUCUUGGUCAUUUCCCAAAACUCAUAUAUCUGAAUGCUAGUAUUUAUAUUCUAUGAUGAAUUUUAAUACAUAUAUUUCCACUUCCGAGCUUCUUUUUGACCAA